AUGUUCUCCCAUGAAGAAAAGUGUGAUAUGUUAGAAUGCUAUUUAGUGUGCAGAAAAUCCUCCUUGAGAGCAAGAGAAUACUACAGUGAAUUAUAUCCCGUUCGCAUUCAACCGUAUGAACGAUAUUUUCUGAGACUUUAUCGAAAAUUUAGGGGCAACGAAAAUGUUUUUGCUAAAACAAGGGCAAAAAAAGAAUUCAUAAUAAGCGAGGCCACGGAAAUUGCAGUUAUUGGAUAUUUUGAAGCUUAUCGUGAGAAUUCAAUAGCAGAUAUUCUCAAGGACUCUAAUUUCAGUUAUGGUACUGUUCAAAGGAUUUUAAAAAAAUACAAAUUUAUUCCGUAUAAGUACCGACCAGUUAAAACGCUUUUGGCAGGGGAUCCAGAGAGAAGACUUGUUUUUUGCCAUUGGUAUCUUAGCUUCUGUCGCCAAAAUGUAAAUAACUUUCGUUACCUUUUAUGGACAGAUGAAUCAAAUUUUUCAAAUUCUGGAAUGUUUAAUAGAAAAAACCACCAUUAUUGGUCAAGAGAAAAUCUUUUGUUAGUACAUCCAAGAGGCCCACAAGUCCGUUUCAGUUUCAACGUUUGGUGCGGUAUAAUUGGUUCAAAAAUUGUUGGCCCGUUCUUUUAUGAGGGAACCCUAACUGGUGAAAGAUAUGUGGAAUUUAUGUCAGAAAUUCUGACUAAUUUCUUAGACGAAUUGGAUCUUAUAAGUAGACAUCAUCUGCAUUUUCAGCAAGAUGGCGCACCUGCCCACAACUCCAGAGGUACUUAUCAUUUUCUAAGUACUACUUUUAAUGAUCAGUGGAUAGGAACAAAUGGCCCAAUACAGUGGCCUCCCAGAUCACCAGAUCUAAACCCACUUGAUUACUUCUUGUGGGGUUACUUAAAGAACCAAAUUUACAAGCGAAGGUACGAUAACCUUGACGCGUUAAAGACUGCAGUUACGGAAAAGAUAACCCAGAUAGAUGGUAGGACCAUACUUAAGACAGUUCGAGCAGUUGAAAAACGUGCCCAAAAAUGUAUUGAAGAACAAGCAAUUUUAGAAGAAUCGCUUUUACCAGUGAUGGAAGAAUGUUUGACAUCCGGCCAAGAUUUUGUGUUUCAGCAAGAUGGUGCAGCGUGCCAUACCUCUAAAAAGGCUAUAAAAUGGAUGGAAGAAAAUAAUGUACUACUUUUGAAAUGGGUUUCUAGCAGUCCAGAUCUGUCACCUAUUGAAACUUUGUGGCACGAGAUGAAAAAGCCGUAUUAA